AAUCCAUUCCCCAGAACAGCACAAUUCGAAUUAGCGAAACCCAGGAGAGAGAGAGAGAGACAUACAGAGAGCGUCCCAAUUUCGUAAUUCAAGUCCAAAAGAGAUGUCGAACACUCGGCAGAUGUUCCAGUCCGGGAAAGCUCACGGCGAGGGCGCGGAGAAGGCAGGCCAGUUGGCACAGUCUGCAAAGGACACGGCGAGCUCCGUCUGCGAGAGUGCCUCCGACACCGCCCAGCAGAGGAAGGAGCAAACCGCGGGGUUCCUCCAGCAGACCGGGGAGCAAGUGAAGCAGAUGGCUCAGGGAGCGGCGGAUGCGGUGAAGAAUGCCGUGGGAAUGGAAGACGCUAGCGCAGGGCGCACCACCACCUCCACCACCACCACCACCACCAAGCAUUAGUCCGGAGCAAAUUUUGCCGCUGAGAUUUUGAAUAAUUGUUCCAGCGCUUUAAUUUAUGAAUAAUAAUCUAUGCUGAUUUAAAUUCUUUUGCUAUGUUUAAUUUUCUCUUUUACUUGUAGAAUGAUCAUUUCUGGCUUUUGAUAGCUGUGAGAAUGAAUUAUCAUUUUAUUUUAUUGAA